GGUUUUUCAAAAUAUCCUAGCAUGGAAGCGGCUUGCGGGGAUCGGCAAUACUGUUGAGGAGAGCUAUGUGCGAGGGAAAUGAUCACACUGUGGCAUAUAAUGUUGUAUUCGUACAUAUCAAUGGAAAUCCUACCCUCCGCCUCUGCAGACUUACACGAAAUCGAGAUGCCUGUUAAAUUGAUAUCUCGGAAAUGCCAUAAUAAUACCUACCUAGGCAUUGAGAUGGCGAUUUACAUAGGGACAUUUACAUACUUGGACAGAUAUGGCUUCACCACCGGAGAAGAGCAAGCCGGAAGCGCUUGAUGUUGUUAUCGUGGGUGCUGGUAUAUCUGGAAUCAACACUGCCUACCGAUUGCAGACUCAACUCCCCAAUCUUCACUUCAUUAUUCUCGAAAGCCGCGAUGAAAUCGGCGGUACCUGGUCUCAGUUCACCUACCCAGGAGUGCGUUCAGAUGCUAUAAUGAACACGCUGGCAUUCCCAUGGCAUAUAUACCCCCAUCCAGAGCCGAUAGCGGACGGCUCUCUAAUUCUAGACUAUAUCAAAGACGCUGCGUCAAAGUCUGGUAUAGCGAGCCGUAUCCAGAUGCGACACAAAGUACGAACUGCAGAGUGGUCUUCGCCACAACAGCAGUGGACCAUCACAGUUGACCACGAGGGGAAGCAAAAGUGCUAUACUGCGCGCUGGAUGAUUCUAGGAACCGGUUAUUAUGAUUAUGAAACCCCGUUGCAGGCUGAGUUUCCAGGUCUCAGCAAUUUCAAAGGAAAGGUAAUACAUCCGCAAUUCUGGCCGAAGGACUACGACUACGAGAAUAAGAAAAUGGCGGUAAUUGGCAGCGGGGCCACUGCUGUCAGCUUGCUGCCGUUACUUGCAGAGAAAGCCGGUGAAUUAACCCUGAUCCAGCGAAGCCCAAGCUAUGUCAUUGUCAAAGACAACAGAUCAUGGACGUAUAGGCACAUGCCGCUAUCCCUGGCAUCGGCUUGUCAGCGCCUUUAUCACACUGUACAGCAGCAUUAUUACGUUGCGUACUGCGAACGUUUCCCCGCUUCCGCGAAGGAGCGUCUCCGCAAGGAUGCUGAGAAGCGGUUACCGAAGUGGUUGGAGCAGGACCCCCAUUUCAAGCCCCGGUACAACCCGUGGGAACAGCGGAUGUGUACAGACCCCGACGGGAUCUUCUACGAAGCUCUUCACCGCCCUAACGUGAAGGUUAUCACCGGGAACAUUACAAAAUUCACAGACACCAGUGUCGAGACCAAGGAUCACAAGACUGGAAAGAUAGAAACUACUGAUCUGGAUGCUGUCGUUACUGCUACCGGCCUGAACAUGAAGAUGGGCGGGGGUAUUGAUGUGCGGGUUGAUGGAGAGACCCUGUCGUGGGGUAACAAGUAUGUAUGGAACGGUGCGAUGAUCGAGGGGGUACCAAACAUGAUGUUUGUGUUUGGCUACGCCGACAACACCUGGACCAUAGCAGCUGAUAUAACAGCUCGCCUUGCAGUCAGGCUACUGAAAUACAUGGACCGCAAAGGACUGAAGUCGGCAGUUCCUCAGAUAUCCGCAAGCCAUAUCACUACAGAUACCGAACGAAUUUUCCGACUUAGUUCAACCUAUGCCACUGUUGCGGCGGAUAGGCUCCCAGUGUACGGGAAAACAGGACCUUGGAGGCCCAGGACUCGUCCACCGCAGGACUACCUACACGCACGUUGGGGUAACUAUCGGAAUGGCCUCCGUUUCUCUACUUGAUACCACAAGUACUGUUGGAUGAGUAUCUGUCGAUUGUCUAUUAGUCUCCUAAUUAGUUACGGGUUAUGACAUGAAUCUCAAAAAUUUCCGCGUCUCAUUCAUCAUGUCCACACCGCCAACCUUUGAUAUAGAUAGUUUGGAGUAAGUACCAACAGUCACGUCUAGACCUGGAUCUACCCAAGAGAUUUAUAAUGUAUCUUAGCAAGCGGGUAGCCAAAGAAAACGAAGCAACCAUGAGAACAAGGCGUCCGAGGUCUAUGAUGAAGUGGGGCUAGGCCGGGGGUUGACUCCUUACAGACUAUAUCAUGCAGAUCACCCGCAGUGAUACCCCGCGGCGGCUCAGUCCGGAGAUUCGGAGGCAUGGGGGUUCUGUGCCAAUUUGGCCGUUUGGGUGGAUUGAGCUGCCGUGUGACAUACGGGAAGGUCUUAUCUCCUAAAAGAGCGAGCUAAACUAGGAUAUUCACUCCACUUCUGUCGACGAAUGGGACUUCUAAACACCGUUGGACACAUACUCUUUAGGAAUGGGGGAAGAGAUUUGGCCAAUGAUAUUUAGAUAGGUUACGGCAUAUGUCUAUUCCACAAGCACUUGUUUAGGAGAUAAGAGCACAGUGAGUUAAACUACCUACAUAAGAAACAAACGAUAUGCCCAGCUUCUACC